UCCGGUGCACCCUAUCCUGUACUGUGCUGCUGCUGCUCACGUUCUACACAUUGGAAGCCGCGUCCUGUCCCGGGCAGCAUGGUGUGGUGCAGCCGAGUCCUGCUCCGGAAGUAUGGAAACUUCGUAGACAACCUGAGGAUCCUGGUGAAGGGUGGCGCCGGCGGCAUGGGGCUCCCACGGUUGGGUGGUGAAGGCGGAAAAGGAGGCGACGUGUGGUUGACGGCCAAAAGUAGCGUCACAAUGAAAGACGUAAAGAGCAGGUGUCCUCAGAAACGCUUUGCUGGCGCAGUUGGAGUUAAUAGUAGCGUUCGUGCUCUCAAAGGACCGUCCGGGGCUGACUCGGUGGUGGACGUGCCCGUUGGCAUUGCCGUCACUACUGAUGAUGGUAAUAAGAUAGGUGAGCUGGACAGAGAAGGAGACCAGCUGCGGGUGGCCAGAGGAGGUAAAGGCGGAGGAUUCAAAUCAGAUUUUUUCCCUUCCAAAGGCCAGAGAAGAAUAAUCCGCCUGGAUAUGAAACUGAUCGCAGACGUGGGGCUAGUCGGUUUUCCUAAUGCCGGCAAGUCGUCCUUACUCAGCAGAGUUUCUCAUGCCAAACCGCAGAUUGCAGAUUAUCCAUUUACAACAGUGCGACCUGAGGUGGGAAAAAUCAUGUAUCCUGACUUCAAGCAGAUUUCAGUGGCAGAUCUCCCGGGGUUAAUAGAAGGCGCACAUAUCAACAGAGGAAUGGGCCACAAAUUCCUCAAGCAUGUGGAGAGGACCAAGCAGCUUCUCUUUGUGGUAGAUGUCUCUGGAUUCCAGCUUUCCUAUAAGACUCCCUUCCGAACGGCCUUUGAAACGGUGCAGCUAUUGAUGUUGGAGCUUGAAUUGUACAAAGAAGAACUGCUGGAUAAGCCCGUCUUACUGGCUGUCAAUAAGAUGGAUCUGCCCAAUGCAGAAGACCAGUUCCAAGAGUUGGUGAAGCAGCUGGAAAAUCCACAGGAUUACAUACAUACGCUACCAGAGGAGCUGAUCCCAGAACGUCAGAUCAACUUCCAGCACAUUGUCCCCAUCUCUGUGGCUGUGAAUCAAGGAAUAGACGACCUUACCAGAUGUAUCCGCAGAUCAUUAGAUGAACAGGCAGAACUCCAGAUCCAAGACACAGCCCGAGAGAAGCUGCGGAGCCUUCAUACCUUCUCUUCUGAUAGAGUCCAAUACAAACAGAUGCUCCCCCCGGAACGCACAAUGGACUGAACCCUCCUCCAGAUGUAGAUUUAUGUACAGUACUUGUAAUUUCAAUAAAAUAUCUUUGUACAGA